AUGGGAAUAUUAGACUAUUCAUUUUUCGAAACUGAGAAGGAAAAUGACACAGAUGAGUUUAAAAGGUCUAAAAAAUCAAAACUUGACGAAGAACUGGACAAUAAAGAAGUGAAAACUGGGAUUCACCCGUCAAAGGAACACCUCUCCAAAGUGCCAGACGCCAUCGAAUGUGAGAAUUUGCCAACUCAAGUCGGUUACAAUGAUGAACUGCAGUCAGGUGGAGGCCCCAAAGAGGACGACAAGCAUGCAGAUGAGCUUCCCUCGGACAAUCUGUUAUUUCUUGUGCGAAAAAUUAGAAGACCUACUUAUGCAAAUUAUGCUGAGAAGGAACAAGCGUUCUAUGUUCUGAGCAAAUUGAUGGCCUUGGAAAGAACUGCCAGGAACUAUAUUAUUCCCGAGAUGAUUCAGAAGUCAGAAGAAGAUAUGAAUUUUGACACUGACAUAGCCGAGUCAUCUAGUGCUGCUAAUCCUCUUGAUGUUCUGUGUGAUAUACACAAUUCGUGCACAAACUACAUUAGCCAGCAAGAAAUUAUAACAAAAAUGUCCAUGUGUCAGUUUGCCAUCCCCCUGCUGCUCCCCCCAUCUGGUGACAAUUCACAUUGUACCUUCAUGUUGUGGGCAAUGAGAGACAUUGUAAAAAGAUGGAGACCACAGUCAUUAGCACAUUUAAAAGGAUUCAGAGAAGACAAUCUGGUAAAUAUUUGUAUGCCUAUUUGUUCAUUUGUCAGACUAGGAUCAUGCAACUUAUCAAAGUCUAAUCUCCUCAAUCAUGUUCUCAGUCCUGCCCUGCAGACCCAUAAUUUUUUUGUACAUCGGGAUAUGGAUGGUGGGAACAUUAUGAAGAGAAGUUCAGAUGGAUUGGUAGAGAUAAGCUGGUAUUUCCCUUCUGGCCAGAAAGGUAUAGAUGUUUUUAGUGAACCCAUAGCUAUCACCAAUCUUCGAGGGGACCUGGAAUCUCACAACCAACAGCUCCAAUUCUUAUUAUCUAUUUCAACGGCCAUGUUCAUAUUUGUUGAGAGCAUACACGAAGAACAAUAUCAAAUUCUUUCUGGUUUGUCAGAAAAAAAAGACACGCAUUUUUUUUUAAUUAUCAAUGGAAGCAAUAAAAAGCCAGGAAAUGAUACACUAAAAUACCUGAACAAAGUAUCAGACAAGCUAAAACUGAAGAAAAUGAAUGUAAUAAUUAAAAAUAAGAAUGGGAAUGACUCACAAAUUGCAUCACAAUUGCAGACAGCAAUAAAAUAUUUAAUUACAAAUGAUGCAAAGAAGCUAAGUUUGCAGAAAAUUGCACACAUGGAGAUCUGUAACAAAUUAAAUAUUGUAGUAGAUGAAGACUUUUGUGAAUCAGCAAAAAGAAAAGCAAAGGAAAUUACAGAUCAGAUAAAAGACAUAACACAAUUUAAAAAGGAAGACAUGAAACUACAAGGAGACCUCUGGAGACAACUGACUAAAGUAGAAAAGGAAUUGUGCAGACUGAAAGAACUUGGUGAUAGAGAUCCAGAAGAAUAUAAAUCACAGCUCCAAUCUGAAAUACAUCACCUCCGGACAGAGCAAAGAUACCAAACUCUGGCUGAUAGCAUUAAAAAAUUUGUACAAACAAUGACAGUGAGCUCUUCCCCAGAGAAGCAACUUUUUAUAAAAUGGUUAAAAAUGUAUCUUGAUGAAUCUGGAAGAAAUAAUCUUUCAAUGUUACAGGCAGAGUACAGAGACAAACAGAAUAACUUGUCUGUUAAUGCAAGUGAGCUAAAAAACAUAGACCAAAGGAUAGCUGAUAGUAGUUUAGGUGUUGAGAACUUCCUACGUGAGUUGGGACAAUUUUAUGAAGCAGCACAGUACAUGGAAGAAAAAGGUCAAGAUACAGAUGGAAUACAUAGUAAACUUCCCAAAAUAGCUUCAGGUAUUUUACUUGAUGGAUAUCCAUUAGAACUGAUAGAUGGAGAUACUUCCAACAUCCCCCUGCAAUGGAUAACUGAUGUCCUAAAAGAAACAGACAUAAAAACAGGAGGAAAAUGUAGAAUACGAGCAAUAGCUGUGCUGGGAGUUCAGAGCACUGGGAAAUCCACUCUUCUGAACACCAUGUUUGGUUUACAGCUACCGGUGGCCAGCGGAAGGUGUACAAGAGGAGCCUUCAUGACACUUCUCACUGUAGAAGAAAACUUUCAGAAGGACCUGGGCUGUCAGUUCCUUUUGCUAAUUGACACUGAAGGGUUAAAAUCAUUGGAACUGGCCUCCCUUGAUGGUAGCUAUGAACAUGAUAAUGAGAUUGCAACAGUGGUGGUGGGGUUGAGUGAUAUUACCAUUGUCAAUAUGGCCAUGGAAAACACGGAAGAGAUUAAGGACAUUUUACAAAUUGUAGUUUAUGCUUUUCUGCGAAUGAAAGAAGUAGGAAAGAAACCAAGCUGCCAGUUUGUACACCAGAAUGUGAGUGAUGUGUCCGCUCAUGUGAAAAACCAAAGAGCCAGACAGAAAUUUCUUGAACAGCUUAAUGAACUGACAACAAUUGCAGCAAAAACAGAGAAAAGAAGUGAUGUAACUUGUUUUUCUGACAUUAUUUACUGUGACCUUGAAGCACACUCUUGCUACAUCCCUGGCCUGUGGCAUGGCAUACCCCCCAUGGCUUCAAUAAACAUGGGUUAUAGUGAGACUGUUCAAGAAUUAAAAGAAUCCAUAAUUAACACUCUGCAAUCCAUGCCUGGAAAACCCCAAACUAUCUUGGAGUUCACUGAAUGGCUAAAAAGCUUGUGGAAUGCUGUGAAACAUGAGAAAUUUAUUUUCAGCUUCAGAAAUCGGUUGGUGACCGAAGCCUACAACCAGCUCUGCAUGGAGUACUCAGACUGGGAAUGGAGAUUCCAGAAAGGUGUUCAUCAUUGGAUGAUAAAAACUGAGACUUUAAUCUACAAUCUGUCAUCUGAUAAACUAGGGGAGACAUGGAACACCAUUCUAAAUGAAAUUAAGCAAUUGUUGGAUAAUGAGGAGAGAAACAUGUUACAAUCACUUGAGAAUUACUUUGAACGUGACUAUAACAACGCUCAUCUCUUGGACAUGUUCAGAGGAGACUUUUUCAGGAGUGUGAACUUCCUCGGGAAAGAGCUGGAAAAUACUCUGAUUGACAAAUGUGAGAAAACAAUGCGCAUCCAAAGAGAAAAAUUUGAAAUCCAAGCCAUGCAAGAGAAAUACAUCAAUAUGACUGAGGUAAAAGUGGCAGAAAUAAUGGAAGAAAAACGAAGGAACACAAAUGAUAUCAGUCCAGAACAACUAGAGGGAGAAUUUGACAUGAUGUGGAAAAGUGCUUUAGAUACAUUACGGCUAAGUAAACUGGAGAGACAGAAUAUUGAACAAAUCAUCAUUCAGCAGCUGAAACAAGACAUGAAGCAUGAUGAACAGGCCCUCAAAAAGUUGGAUAACAUUACAAGCUUUGCUGCAUAUGAAAAGGAGUUUAAAAUUGACGAAGAACACCAAUUAAGCCAAUCUAGGGAGGAGCUAACCCUUAUGCAAAAUCUGGCUUGCUCUUUACUCCAUGAAUGCAAUCAUUACGUUUCUAAGUGUGCUAAUACCAGGGAAAACUUCAAUGAAAUAUUGUCCCAAGAACUGCUAAAAAUUAUAAAUAGAAGUUUGAAUAACCAAGAAGAUAGACAUUUCAGUAUGACCAUAGAUUUCAAUAUGGAUCUAAAGCUUCAUAUUUUGGGAAGUGCUGCUCCUGAAUUUCAGAAGAUGCACAAUGACUUUGUCCAAAGAAAUGAUCCCAGAAGCUGUCUGGAAAAGCUGAAACCAGAAUAUUUUUCUAUUUUCCAAAGUAGGUUUGAGAAAAGAAAAGAAUGUCAACGGCGAGCCAAACAAUUUUGUGAACUGUGUUUGAAGCCGGCAAUCAUUGAUCACAUCAACAGACAUCUUGGAAAGGAGAUAGUGGAGGAGAUUUUGCAGAAAGGAGGGCCAUGGGAAUUUAAGAGUCAUACUGUGUUUCAGAGCGUGUUGCUUGAAGAAUUAUUGCAAAAUAAAUCAUGUGAAGAAUACAUAAAUUAUAUCAACUUCUAUGAACUUUUUGUUGAAAAAUGGAUUUCCCAGUACAUUCUUAAACAUUAUAAUGGCCAAAGAGAUAUCCAAGCUUUGCAAUUAGGCAUCUUACAAUCAUUGACUGAGACAAUAAUGCAAGCUCUGAAGAAUUUAAGUACUGCACAAGUCAGUAGCAUGUCAGCAUUUUUAGCCAAAUUUUGCGAUAUUUUGAAAAAAGAUCUGGUUAUUUCUCAGAAUAAUUUGAAAGUUGUCAAUUUUCAAAGUAAUGUUGAUGUAGGGAAGUUUAUUAAUGACAUUGAGGCAUUUAUUCCAGACUUACAGGAGGUACUACAAAUGGAAAUGAGCUCAGCAAGUGUCAGUUCUGUUCUUUUACAGCUGAACUUGAAGCCUCAGGAGGAACUGGCCAAGAAGGUGAUUGGCUGCGGCAAGCAGUGUCCGUUUUGUAAAGCCCCCUGUGAGGCUGGAGGAGCUGAUCAUAAAGAGCAUUUUGCUUCAAUACAUCGACCAAUAGGAUUAGCACAACAUAAAAACGAACAGACAGAGGCUCUGGACCAUACAAUAUGUUCUACAAAUGUCAUCUCCAAUAGGAGAUUCAGGAAUACUGACACCAACUGGAAACCCCAUCCCUACAAAGAUUACCAGGCGAUUUACCCAGACUGGGUCAUUUACCCCAACACAACUGCUGAUGGCUCUGAUUACUGGAAGUUUGUUUUUACAAAGUUCAAUGAAUCUCUUGCAGAAAAGUAUAAAGCCAAACCAGCAAAUCCCCCCGAAGACUGGUACAGGAUAACUGAGGAUCAAGCUCUAAAAAGCUUCAAGACAGCAUUAAAUACUCAUGAAAAAAAUAGCUAAACACAGAAUAUAAGAAUAAAAUCUGUCAUGUUAAAGUGGAGGUUCACUCAAAAUCACAACUAUAUUGCAACACAACCGCUGCAAUAUGUACACUCAUCAAAAGGCACAAUUUUUUUUUUCUAUAUGUAAAUACCUUGUAUUUGCCUUUCAUAAAGUGACUUCCGGGAUUCCCCUCCCGCGGGAGUAGGCGUUUCCAAGUUUAUCCCCGGCGCCGCAAUGCAAUGUGGGACUUUCUGGGAGCACAGUGCUGCAGCUCUAUCCCCGUACUGAGCCGUGUCAUGUUUAUUUAGAUUUGUGCAUACCAUCACAAAGGGGCGUGAACUUUCAAUGACGCCGCCCGUUGUGAUGGCAACCUUUUAGUUUACAGCCCUAAGCGCAGGCGCGAGAAUAAGCAGUGAAUGCUGGGAGCUGAGCAUUCCCCUCUUCCAGGAAAUGAUUGGUUGUGGGCUUCACAAUGCCCACAAGCAAAAUGGAAACUUCCGGGAAUGGAUUUUAAAACUCCUUCUUUACGAGGAAAACGGACAGCGGAUACUUGCAGGGACUAACCAAGUGAGUGUACUUUAGUAUUGGUAAACCCCAUUAAAUUCGAAAAAAUAAAAAAUAAAAGUUUGGCCACGGAACCCCCGCUUUAAAGAUUUAAAUGAAACAAACAAUAACCCAGCUGGUUCCCCAGCAAUUAUGUUGUAUCUCAGUUUUCUUGAAGAAUAACUCCACUUUUAUUGAGCAAAAACAAGCUCCUUUGGACGAUCUAUGUACAGUACACUGCAAAAUGUUAACAAACUUUGUAGUGGAGUCCUAUCUUUUGUUGCUUUGAAGAAAUAGCUGUUUAAUUUCACAAGACUGAUUAAGAAUGGGAGAAUUUAUUUCAUUAUAAUCACCUGGUGAACUCUGUGUUCUGAUAAGGAACGUCACAGUGUCUGCAUCCCUUUAGAAGUAAUCAACUCCUGGGGACUAUCUCAGCAAAACUAAAAUUCCUGUUGCAGGGGAUGCUUAAAAUCUGACAUAUCUUACUGAAGACUUCUGGAAAAAUCAGUGAGCCAAUCACACAAACAGGAAAUUACAUUUUUUGGAGAUUUUCUGUACACCAAUUAUGUACAGAACACCUUAAGGUUGCCACAUUGCAUUGAAUGUUACAGUAAAUUACAGCUGCUGUAGACAGAAAUAAAAGGAAUUGUUUGUAUAAUAUUA